AUGGCUGAAAUACCGUACGCAGCAGCAGAGGUGCUGCGGCUGUUGCGUGAGUCGCAUACGCGGCGACUGGUGGCUAAUCUUACUGAGGAACGGCUGCUGCGACGGUCCCGGAAGUCGAAGACCAUCCAAACUGGCCGUGACGCAUAUGGCAAACUUCUGGGCAGGCUGUUCGAAGCCGGGUACUUCCAACAGUUCGGCAUUGACGAUGAGAGGCUUCUGGAGAUGCUCCAAGAGCGCGAUUUGAUCGACGAUGCCAUGAUCCAUGUAGCGCAUGGUCUGAACCUCCCGUCUCAUUUGGGUUCUGCGGCCUUCUUUCUGAUCUUUGGGUGGAUCACAUGCCAGAUGAAAUUAUCCGACAUCGACCUUUACGACAUCAUCACAUGCUACAGCCUCGCACCGUCUGACGACGGCCGGCUUGCGCAGAUAAUCCGCCACCUGGUGCUCACCGUGAUCGAUCUGAUCGUGCUGAAGCUGCAGGCUGAGGGGUGCCGAGAGAAAUUUGACCGGGAUCUGCAGUUCUUCUUGCAGAACGGCACUGCGUCGGGUAUCUACGGUCGCCUGCAUACGCUCAUGCAGUGCGGGACCAUGAUGUACGAAGGAAGCGCCGACGCUAUCAUCGCAAACACAAUCGCAAUAGAGCUUCCCUGUAUGUCUAGGAGUCGGCAGAUCGCCCUGACGCGUGUGCUGCGUCACGUCACCGACAACAUCUUGGGCCGCGCCAACCGCAAUCACUUUGGCAUAUCGCAGCGGGGCAGCGCCCACCUGUGGCGUCUGAUCGUCAAGGGCAUAGAAGAGUCUGGCGUUACCGACUUGGCGUACGACGACAACGCGCUGCUGCUGUCCAUUCGCGCCUUGGGCAAUCAAUUUGACAUUAGCGUGAUCUCAAGGGUGUUAUCACAAGAUAUUUACAGUCACUACAACGACCGGAACGACUACCAUCGCAACGUUGACUUGGGAGGAGCACUGUUUGCCAUGCACAAGCACGGCAUUGCGUUCGAGUUCCCCGACACGUUCCCCCUGGCGGAGGGCAAUAUUGCCACGGUAAUCAUGGAUCGUCGUCUGUACUGA